GCUCAAAGUCCCCGGGCCUCGGCGCACGGGGCGGAGACAGCACAGACAUGGAGCUGGGGCUUGCGGGCCGUCGGGCGCUGGUCACAGGGGCGGGCAAAGGCAUCGGGCGCAGCACGGUCCAGGCGCUUCACGCGGCGGGCGCGCGGGUGGUGGCCGUGAGCCGGACACAGGCCGACCUGGACAGCCUUGUCCGUGAGUGCCCAGGGAUAGAGCCCGUGUGUGUGGACCUGGGUAACUGGGAGGCCACGGAGAAGGUGCUCAGCAGUGUGGGCCCAGUGGACUUUCUGGUAAACAAUGCUGGCAUGGCCCUGCUUCAGCCCUUCUUGGAGGUCACCAAGGAGGCUUUUGACACGUCCUUUGAUGUGAACCUUCGAGCUGUCAUGCAGGUGUCCCAGAUCAUAGCCAGGGGCUUGAUAGCCCGGGGAGCAGCAGGGGCCAUUGUGAACGUCUCCAGCCAGGCCUCCCAGCGAGCAGUAACUAACCACAGUGUCUACUGUUCCACCAAGGGUGCCCUGGACAUGCUGACCAAGGUGAUGGCCCUAGAGCUCGGGCCCCACAAGAUCCGUGUGAAUGCAGUGAACCCCACAGUGGUGAUGACACCCAUGGGCCAGGCCAACUGGAGUGACCCCCACAAGGCCAAGGCCAUGCUGGACCGUAUCCCACUGGGCAGGUUUGCUGAGGUGGAGAACGUGGUGGAUACCAUCCUCUUCCUGCUGAGUGACCGCAGCAACAUGACCACAGGUGCCACUGUGCCAGUAGAUGGGGGCUUCCUGGCCACCUGAGCCCCUUUCUACACACACCUCGGCCCCAUGCUGAGCCCCUUCUUUCCUAAUAAACUGGAUUCUCCUGCUCA